AGCCGUCACAAUGUAGUCUUAUAAUAAAAUCGUCAGCCGUGAGCUCUUUCGAGCUUACCAUGGAUUAGUCUUGUUCACGUCGAACAGUGAUACCACGUAAAACUCGUUAUUUCGUGUUCGUUUCCUUCCGCGUUAUCAAAUUCUACAUGUAGAGUAUCGAUUCCAUAUCUUCUUACAUUGUCUCUUAACUACAUCCCUUGGUAUAAUAUUGCACUUACCGCAUAAUUCAUAUUCCUCUAUAAUGAGCAAGUAUUAAGUAACUAUUAUGUAAAUAUUAAUAUAUGGAUGACCAAUGGCCUACCACAUUAGAUACUCACUUGGGAGUUACAUGUAACUCCCAUUCCUAUAUUAUUGUCUCUAGUUCAUAUGCAUUGAUGUAAGGGUGUAGUGGUUACCAAAGGGUGUCUAUAAAUAGAGCACACUAUUGUAUCACAAAUGGAGUAUGAAUAAGAAGAACUAUUCCCCUCCUUGUGUCUUUCCUCCUCCAAUCUUCUCUUGUAGUUGCUUACAUUUCCAUUAGUUUUAUAACACGUUAUCAGCACGAGACUCUUCCUUUUGAAAAGGUUAAAUCCACAAUUGUUCUGCUCAAGGUAUGUCGAUUCUCCCAAAUUGUUUCUUUUAUUGUCCUAUUUCAAUUUACAUAAUUUCAUUUAUUAAUCAACACAUGAAAUCUUUGUUUGAGAAUGCAAAGGUAUAAUUUCCUUCUUAAUAUAUUUUUUUUAUUUUGAAAUUCGAAUUUAUUUAUAUAUUUGUAAAAAUAUAAAAUUGAUAUAUCAUGGGUCGCAUAAGUCGUUUGUCUUGAUAGUAAUCUAUAUUUAUUUAUUGAAUUUUAACUUUAAUUUGUGUAUAUUUUUAUGAUAGUAUGUCGAACCUUUCAAAGCUUGAGUUUGUGGCUCUUGAUGUCACUGGAAAGAAUUACCUAUCAUGGGUGCUAGAUGCUGAAAUUCAUUUAGCUGCCAACGGUCUUGGAGACACGAUUAAAGAGGGCAAUGAAGCAUCAGAUCAAGACAAAGCUAAAGCAAUGAUCUUUCUUCGACAUCACCUCCACGAGGGAUUGAAGAAUGAGUAUCUUACGGUCAAAGAUCCACUUAUUUUGUGGACUAAUUUGAAGGAGCGGUAUGACCACCAAAAAACUGUGAUUCUUCCUAAGGCUCGUUAUGAUUGGAUGCAUUUGAGGUUAUAAGAUUUUAAAUCUGUGAGUGAUUAUAAUUCGGAGCUAUUCAAAAUAACCUCACAACUACUGUUAUGUGGAGAAAAUAUUACUGAUGAAGAUAUGUUGGAAAAAACAUUCUCCACUUUUCAUGCAUCCAAUGUUCUCCUGCAGCAGUAAUACCGUGAGAAAGGUUUCAAGAAAUAUUUUGAGCUGAUUUCUUGUCUCCUUGUUGUUGAACAAAAUAAUGAGCUCCUAAUGAAAAAUCACCAAUCUCGUCCUACUGGUGCCGCCCCAUUCCCAGAAGCGAAUGCGGCGACGUUCACCCAAUAUCCUUAUGGGCAAAUACAUGGACGUGGACAUGGACGAGGACGUGGGCGUGGUCAUGCUCGAGGCCGUGGCCGUGGCCGAGAUCUUGGUCGUGGUAAUGGUCGUGGUGAAAGUUCCAAAAGCUCAUUUUUCCCCAGAAGUGGAAAAAAUGAUGGUAGGAGAAGCAAGGAACAAAGUGUUCAUGGUAACAAACACGUCGAAAAUGUGUGUUACCGUUGUGGUGGAAAAGGUCAUUGGUCUCGUACCUGUCGUACGCCAAAACACUUGGUUAACCUACCAAGAAUCAUUGAAAGGGAAGAAGAUAGAAACCAAUUGUAUUUUUGAGGAAGAUGAUUCAGGAAAAGACUAUAAUGAUGCUACUCAUCUAGAUGUGUUCGACUUCUUUGCCCACCCUGAAGGAAAAAUAGAUCACCUGAUUGGUGAUGGGAAUGUUUGCAAGUGAAAAACUUAGCAUUUCCAUUUGAAAUUUCUAUUUCGUUGUCGCUUUGUUCACAAGUGAAAAGUGUAGGUUUCCCAUUUGAAAUUUCACUUUCUUUGUCGUUUUCCUUGAGUGUGUUUUUCCUAUUAAUGUGUCAGUUUAAUAUAAUUUCUCUUUAUAAUCCUUAUGUGGUUAAAUUUCAUCUAUUAUAAUCAUGUCAUUAUUUUUAUAUUUAUUUGGAGAUAUUUUCUUAUAUUGAUUUACUUUCUAUCUUUUGUGAAGAAUGAAUAUUCCCAUGCUUGGCACCAAGAUCAAAAACCAUGAUGUGUGUCUUGUUGAUAGUGCAUCGACACAUAGAAUCUUGAAGGAUAAGAAAUAUUUUUCUCAUCUUGAAAUGCGAGAAGCAAAUGUUAGUACUAUAUCUGGAAGUACAAAUCUAAUUGAAGGCUCAGGAAGAGCUAGUGUGUUGUUACCAGAAGGAACCAAGUUGUAUAUCAAUGAAGCCUUAUACUCUUCAAAGUCUCAAAGAAAUUUAUUGAGUUACAAAGAUAUUCGCCGAAAUGGAUAUCAUAUUGAGACAAAGGAAGAAGAGAAUAAAGAGUAUAUUAUGAUAACAAAUAUGGUCUCUGAUAAAAAACACAUAUUGGAGAAAUUGCUUGCUAUUUCUUCUGGGUUGUACUACACGUUUAUUAGUACAAUUGAAACACAUGCAGUGGUAAACAAGAAGUUUACAAAUCUUGAUAAUUUUAUAGUUUGGCAUGACCGGUUAGGCCAUCCCGGAUUGAUUAUGAUGCAAAAAAUCAUUGCCAAUACAUGUGGACAUCCAUUGAAAGGUCACAAAAUUUAUCAGUUUAAAGAUGUACCAUGUGUUGCAUGUUCUCGUGGCAAGUUGAUUAUACGGCCAUCACCUGUGAAAGUAAGGAGUGAAUCUCUCACAUUUUUAGAACGUAUACAUGGUGAUAUAUGCGGGCCAAUUUACCCACCAUGUGGACCAUUUAGAUAUUUUAUGGUUUUAGUUGAUGCAUCAACUAGAUGGUCACAUGUGUGCUUACUAUCAACUCGCAACCUGGCGUUUGCUAGAUUACUUGCCCAAUUGAUACGACUACGAGCACAUUUUCCUGAUUUUCCAAUCAAGAAAAUACGUCUAGAUAAUGCUGGUGAAUUUACUUCACAAACUUUCAAUGACUAUUGUAUGUCCACUGGGAUUGAUGUUGAACAUCCUGUAGCACAUGUUCAUACACAAAAUGGCCUUGCAGAAUCAUUUAUUAAGCGUUUGCAACUUAUUGCAAGACCAUUGCUUAUGAAAACAAGCUUGCCAAUUUCUUGUUGGGGACAUGCUAUAUUGCAUGCGGCAACAUUAAUUCGCAUAAGGCCAACAAGUUAUCAUGAAAUUUCCCCCUUGCAAAUGGUUUUUGGUCAGGAACCUCAUAUUUCCCAUCUAAAAAUAUUUGGGUGUGCCGUCUACAUCCCUAUUCCUCCACCACAGCGUGUUAAGAUGGGUCCUCAAAGGAGGUUGGGAAUUUAUGUUGGAUAUGAGUCCCCGUCAAUCAUAAAAUAUUUAGAACCCUUGACGGGAGAUUUAUUCACUGCUCGUUUUGCUGAUUGUCAUUUUGACGAAUCAGUUUUUCCAACAUUAGGGGGUGAGAGCAAACAGCUGGGAAAAGAUAUUUGUUGGAAUGAAUUAUCAUUAUCUCACCUUGAUCCUCGUACUAGACAAUGUGAACUGGAAGUUCAAAAGAUAAUUCAUUUACAAGGUUUAGCAAACCAACUGCCGGAUUCUUUUACUGACCAGAAGAGAGUGACAAAGUCACACAUACCAGUUGUAUAUGCUCCAGUGAAAGUUGAUGUCCCUGUUGGACAAUCUGAAAUUGCAAAUGAAUCUAAACCACGAAUGAAGCGUGGUAGACCAG